CCAGCAGAAAUAAAGUACUCGUCAUGGAAUUUUGUUCUUGUGGAAGCCUGUACACUGUGCUGGAGGAGGCAGGCAAUGCAUUUGGCCUACCCGAAUCUGAGUUCCUGAUCGUGUUGCAAGAUGUGGUGGCAGGCAUGAACCACCUUAGAGAGAAUGGGAUUGUCCACAGGGACAUCAAGCCUGGAAAUAUCAUGCGUGUAAUUGGGGAGGAUGGACAGUCAGUUUACAAGCUCACUGACUUUGGAGCAGCCAGAGAGUUGGAGGAUGAUGAGCAGUUUGUCUCGCUUUAUGGAACCGAGGAGUAUUUACAUCCAGAUAUGUAUGAACGAGCAGUGUUAAGAAAACCUCAACAGAAAAUGUAUGGAGCCACUGUCGAUCUAUGGAGCAUUGGAGUUACAUUUUACCAUGCAGCUACUGGCAAUCUCCCAUUUAGACCUUUCGAGGGACCCCGCAGGAACAAGGAAGUAAUGUACAAAAUAAUCACAGAAAAACCCCCAGGAACAAUAUCCGGGGUUCAGAAAUCAGAAAAUGGACCUAUUGCUUGGCAUCGUGAGUUACCACUGUCUUGCAGUCUUUCCAAAGGCCUGCAGUCCCUGUUGACUCCUAUUCUGGCAAACAUUCUUGAAGCUGAUCAGGAGAAAUGCUGGGGUUUUGAUCAGUUUUUUGCAGAAACCAGUGAUGUUUUACACAGGAUGGUGAUACACAUUUUCUCUCUGCAGCAAGUGACAUUGCACAAAAUUUACAUUCACAGCUACAACACCGCUCACCUAUUUGCUGACUUGGUCUAUAAACAGACUGAUAUUGCACCCCAUUUGCAAGAAUUGAUCUUUGAGGGCCAACACCUUGAGCUUGAACCCAAUAUACAAGCUCACAAUUUUCCCAAAACCUCUGAAGAUAACCCUCUGAUACUUGUGAACAGAGAGGUCGUGAGUGCAGUGGAAUUGAUCUACCAGGAACUCUCAAUUCCAAUGUUACAUCCUCGUUAUGAUUUGGAUCUUGAUGUGUCCAAUGCAAAGAAUAUAACUGGUAUUGUCUGCCAAGCACAGAAAAUAGCCUCCAAACUUUUGCAUUAUCAGGAGCUGGUGCGGAAAGGUGUUCGGUGGAUAAUUCGAAUCAUCAUGGACAAUUUUCGUGAAACUUUACACAAGAAGACUGAAGUGAUUCUGAAACUAAACUUCUGCAUGGCCACUGUCGAAAGAGCCAGAAAUCUAUACAACAGUUUGCUGCAGACAAACAUACUGCCAUCAGAACUAGAAGAGAUACCAGAAAUUCACAACAAGCUUCUACGUUUGGCAGGUUCUAUAGAAUCUAUAAACGAUGAUAUGAAGGAUAUUGAAGGCACGUUUUUACCUGGCAGUCAAUUGUCGGAUCAUUGGGCAUAUCAUGAAGGGACACAUCCUGAAGACAGAAAUAUUGAAAAGCUUCAGGUACUUCUGGACUUGAUAACUGAAAUCCAUCAUCAGUUCAAAAAGGAUAAAGCUUUGCACAAGCUGCCUUAUAACGAGGAGCAGAUUCACAAAUUUGAUAAACAGAAGAUGUGCCUGUAUGCUUCAAAAGCCAUGUCCUUGUUCAGGGAUGAAUGUGUUGCAAAGUAUCAGUCUUUUCUAGACGUGGCAGAUGACUGGAUGAAGUGA